GGGGGGAAUUAAGAGGGGAAAAACAGAAACACUAAACUAACUUGCAGGCCGAGAAAGACAGCACGAGCCACACGGACACGAUGAAGGGGUAGCAAUUUCUUCGGGGGUCUGCAGGCCACCCCGCGUGUUCCAUCCUCUGCAACAGGACACAACUGCUGGACCACCUCAGAGCAACCCAGAGGAAGAAGGGGGUUGUGGAUCACAGCCAGGCAGGGACGCUUGCCAAAAUCUCUCCCCACAAGCAGAGUUGCUUUUAAAAUAUAUGUCUUUUAAAAAGGAUCCUGCGGACUGUGACUGGAAAUGCUUACAAUAAAGCUGCCUCAGAUCUUCAGGGUCCACCAAGUUCCUCGUGUGAGGCAGUGGAUGUGCUGAAUCAGUGCUUGGUUGCAAUCAAGGACUGGUUGAGGGCCAAUAAACUGAAGCUUAAUCCAGACAAGACUGAGAUGCUGUUGGCGGGUGGUGCCUCUGACCGGCUGAGUGAGUUUGAUUGGGUGAGUCUUUCCUGUCCUGUAGAUCUUCUGGGAAGAUGGGAUCAUCUCAGGCUACCGUCACCCCAAAAGCUCUGCCUUGGACUGUGUCCUCAGUUCCUUCCAACUGAACAAUGAAACCAUCAACAUCUGGACGCACUUCCUGCCUACGUGGUAUUUCCUGUGGCGAUUCCUGAUGCUCUCCUACAGCCUGGACUUCUGGCGCGACACUUACUGCUGGCCCUUCCUGGCCUACAUGUGGCUUGUUUGCCUCUACCCUUUCACAUCCAGCUGUGCCCACACCUUUAGCACCAUGUCCACCCAUGCCAGGCACAUCUGCUACUUCUUGGACUAUGCCGCUCUCAGCCUCUACAGUUUGGGCUGUGCUUUCACAUACGGAGCCUAUGCAAUGCCUGACCGCUGGGUGAACGGCCCUUUGCACCGUUGCUUUGUCCCUCUCGCUGCCUUUAAUUCCUUUAUCUGCACCAGUCUUUCUUGUUACUCCCGAUUCCUAGAACUGGAGUGUCCCUGUCUGAGCAAGAUCUUGAGGACAGCAGCCUUCACCUACCCUUUCCUUUUUGACAACAUACCAUUGUUUUAUAGGCUCCUGUUGUGUUUUGGCGAAGACUGUGCCUGGAACGACUCCGUAGCUGGUUACUUUUACCACCUUCUCUUCGCAGCCCUCACUGGCUUCCUCUUUGCGUCCCACCUGCCGGAACGCCUGGCACCCGGCCGCUUUGAUUUCAUUGGUCACAGCCACCAGCUCUUCCACAUCUGUGCCGUGGUGGGGACACACUUCCAGCUGGAAGCUGUCUUGUGGGACCUGCAUUCGCGCCGGGCCUGGCUCAGUGCUCACGCCCCGGCCGGCACCUUCACCGGUACUUUUGCUGUCCUCGGAGCCGCCUUGCUGGGCAACCUCACUCUCAUUGCCGCCUUCACCGUGAUCCUCCUCCGCUCCUCUGGCACCACCUUGAUCUUGCAGAGCAGCAUCCCCGAGCCAGAGCGGGCGAAGGAUCCGUGACCCUUCUGGCGUGGUUCCGUGGCUUUGGCUCCAAGGGGCUCCUUCUGCCUCCCUUUGAGCUCUUCCUUCUUGGAAGCCCUUCAGGGAGAGUUUGCUCAGUGUUCUGUGUCUGGAGGGGCCCACUUCUGAUGUUCCUCCUAAAUUUGAGCACUUUAAGUGUUUGGUUGGGACUUGACUGUUUACUGGCUGCGCAAGAAGGGAACCUUUGUCUGCAGCUCUGAGCCUGUUGGAAGAAGAGGGCAGCCAGUGCCCCUAUUGCAUUGGUAGACAACUGAACCUCCCCCCCCCAGUGUAAGGGAAGGGACUGUGGUGGGUAGACUUUCUGGGGCAUCCAUUGAUCUCUUCCUGGGCUGCCAGAAUGCAGAGCCACACCCCCACUUUCCGGUCAGCUCUGCCUUCAGGAGCUAAAUUCUAAAGAGACAGGCUCGACUGCCAUCAUCUCUCUGGACAGCCCAUCCUUUCUCUUCAGAUGCCUGUGGAUCGGCUGUAGUUGCUCAGGGGUGAUAGCAGAACAGUCUGCAUGUACCCCAAAGCACUCUUCUUUCUUACAGCUUCUCCUCUUCCACAGCUGAGCUAUGGCACCUGAAAUGGGUCCAGGGGAUGGCUCUAAUCCAAGGGUGGGGAACCUGUUUCUGUCGGGGACCUCAUUCCCUCAGGGGUGAUCUGUCAGGAGGGGGGGGCAUGCUGGUAGUGGGUGGGGCCAAAGCCAAACCUGGGUGGAAUUCGGCCAAGGGCUGCACGUGACCACAGGUUGCCCACCCUGAGGACCCUUCUCCUUCUGGGGCUGUGGAGAGGACCCAGGAGUUCUAGUUGGCAAUGAAGAACUAUUUGGGGGGAAAUUCCAAGGAUAACCCUUAGCAGGCAGCUGAUGAUUGCACACCUAACCUCCUGUGUAGCCACAAUUCACCAUCUUUGGUCCAUUGCUCUCCGCCCAAAUAGAUGCAGGCCACAGGAAAAUGCUAAUUAUAGCUCCAUAUUUAGAAAGUAACAGAGCAGCUUCUUCUGGGGUCAGAUUCAUGCGAGGAGAGAGCACCUGGAGUCCUAGAGUGCCUUUUGCAAUAAGUGGCUUAUUUAAUAAUAAGGUAGGUUGAGCAGGUGGUAAACAAGCACAUAAACUACAUGGCUAGCCCCAAAGUAUCAGCAAGUCCCUGAAAGUACAGCUCCCCCCUUGAGAGACUGCUCCAAAACCCUUGAACGAUUUAUUUUUGCCAUGCCUGUGUGCCUUCCAGAGGUUGGGUCUUUUAAACUUAAGGUCUAACGGUUCCUGUGUGGCCAUCAGGCAAUGUCUGCUGUUCACUGUCGACUGAGGCAUGUAAGAGUGUAAGUGGAGCCUGACUGGUUCACACACGAAGAUGGCGCCAUCUAGUCUGGCAUCCUGUUUCCAAGGAUGGCAAGCAGAGGUCUCCAGGGAGUCCAGUAGGGUGAAGGCAACACAACACAUCUGAACAUGAAGCCCAAUAGCCAUGGAUAGACCUACCUUGCAUAUACUUCUCGUGCCCCCUUUUAAAACCCCAGGACCAUCUUGUGGCAACCAAUUCUAUAAAUUAAUUCUGCAUUGUGCACAGAUGUUGCUCCGCUGCCAAUCAUUCUCAUGGAGUGAUACCCCCCUCCUCUGAGUCGUAGUGUAAGGCAAAAGGCAGAAAGUGCCCCCUCUGUGCACAAUCCCAGGAAGAGAGGACACUUUCCUUGCUUGGUGCAAGAGAACUGCAUGGCCCACCACAAAAGAACAAUGUGCCGUUCCUUUGGAUUGCUGCAUUUGGAGGCAACAGGGCUGGCCCCAGAUCUAUUUUUAUGUUUGGGAUAGAAAAUCCAAAUGGGAGCCGUACGACGAUGGAACCAAUGACCUAGAGAGGCAGUGGGCUCUCCGACACUGGAGGCCUUCAAGAGGCAGCUGGACAGCCAUCUGUCGGGAAUGAUUUGAUUUGGAUUCCUGCAUUGAGCAGGGGGUUGGACUUGAUGGCCUUGUAGGCCCCUUCCAACUCUACUAUUCUAUGACUCACCACUCUUAUUCCACUACUUAACACCGGGCACUCUCUGUUGGGAAGUUCUUCUGUGAAAGCCCUGUAAAGAGAGAUGCUAUGUGCGACAAAUGUGGUUGCGCAUUCAAUAUUUUCCCCCCUUUUCAAAAUGUUUUGCAUAUAAAGUUUGCCAGGCCUAAUUCCAUUUGCUGUCAGGAGUGAGAGUGGCAGCAUUAAGAGAACUCUCUGUGCUUCAUAUAGCCAAGGUUAGACAAAGAAUUGGUUCAGAUUGCAACAGACAGUUGGAUGUUAGGAUGAUCUGUGACGGUGUGCAAGGGAUCAUCUAAGGCUUCAGCUGGUAGGUCACAGACUGACCUCAGCUGGGUUGUGCUAACAGCGCUAUCCACUGUAGCAGCUGCUGGGAGUUGUAGUCCAAAACAGCCCAAGGGCACCAGAAUUGGGGGAAGUUGCACUAUGCACGGAACAAAUACAUGCUUUAAAAAAUUAAGAAUGGGCUCCGAUGUAUGUUUGGGCUAAAGAUAGGUCCCAGUUCCAAAAAGGUUGAAAACUGUUGUGGUAUCAGAGUACCAGGGACUUCACUAUGGAAGAUCUUCAAGAGAAGGUCCAGCAAAUAUCUGGCUAAAUGGAGUUUGCAUGGACCUGAUUCAUGAGGCACGAUGGUGUUGAGGCCACUUCGUAGAAUCCUAAGAUAGUAGAGUUCGAAGGGGCCUACAAGGCC